AUGGAGCCACACUUUACAACCGCACCCCCAGCUCUCCCGGUGCCAGUUAAGGAGCUGCAUCGAGAUGGCCACACAGAUGAUGAUCAAGGAGCUCUAUUAUCGAUAAACCCUCCAAGUGACGGGCAGGUAGUACAUGCAUUUGGUGGACGUUAUUCUCAGGUUGCACUCAGUACAGCUGCGACGCAGAAGACCCCUGAUGUCGCUUGCGGUGGGAUGGAAACUGUGAAAGCACAUCAUCUACCGUACAAUGGAGAGUCUGUCUUUAAAAAGAAAAGAUACUGCAGAAUAGAUUUAACUCUUUCCAAGGAAACCACGUCAACGACUCCUGCUCUCUCUUCCAGCGCAGAGGAAGAGGCACCAUUUCUUGCUGUCUCCCUUUCCCUUUGGCCCGACGCGCCCUUAGAGCCCGCGGGCGCUCGGGAGGCUGAAGCCGCGGUGGGGCCGUGCCGCCGAGCGCUCCCUCCCUUUGCCCUCUCCCCGCUCCUGACUCCCGCAAGGUUUUUGCCACGCGUAUCCCUUGAGCGCGUUCUCCUCCGGCGGCCCGCUCGGGCUGCCCCGGCCGGAGCAGCGGGCAGCGUUAGCGGCGUGGCGCGGUUUUCGCUUGCGGAGCGCCCUGGGCUUUGUAAAGACCGCGUUUCUCCGGCAGAACCCUGGAAAGUGAAGUGGCGAGCGGCGGCGCUCUCUCAGCUGGCGGGCAGGCCUUGGGCUGAUGCCCGCACCCCGGCUGGCCGCUGCCUGCGAGAGAGGAGGGCUAGCGGGGCUUGGCUCUUGUAUUAUAAACGCCUUAAGCACGGGAGGCGCAGCCGUCCCGGUUCAGUGGCCUGUCUUUUGGGAAAUGGUAGGCGAGAAGACACCUCUAAUACCAAUAAUGACCUUGAGCCUGAAUGGUUGGAUGGUGUGCAGAAAAAUGGGGAAUUAUUUUAUUUAGAAUUGAGUGAAAGUGAAGAAGAAACUCUGCUUCAGAACAGCUGUCCAGAAAUGCCAGCAGUGAAUCACGUCAGGUUUCGUGAAAAUGAAGCUGAAGUUAUUCAAGAGGGAUCACGAAAAGAAAGAAAGUAUGAACUGAAGAAAUUGACCAAAAUAUUAAAAAAGAAGAAUCUUUUACCAAAGCAUUCUGGUAAGAAAGGCAGUGGAAGCUGUAAUGUGCACUCCACUGGUCCUACUUCCAUACUGAAACAGCAGUCCGCUCAGAAAAUGGGUGUCACUGUUCAGCAAAAAUACAAAGAUGUAUAUGUUUAUGUAAAUCCCAGAAAACUGUACAGUGCUGGAGAAGAUGAGCAGCACAGACUGUUGGAAGCCUUAGUAGGGAUUGUCCAUCAGUCUUCAUGGAGCAGCAGAAGAGCAGAAAAGCAAGGCAGGAAGGAUAAAGUCAACAGAGGAAUCGGUGAAGAGAAGCUUGUGGUACAUGGCUUGGUGCCAGGUAGUUCAGCAAUGAAAACAGGUCAAAUCUUGAUCGGAGAUGCUCUAGUUGCUGUAAAUGAUGUUGAUGUGAACUCUGAAAACAUAGAAAGGGUUUUGUCUUGCAUUCCAGGUCCUAUGCAGGUCAAACUUACAUUUGAAACGUCAAUAUUUGAGCCUGAAGGAACUCAGCAAAGGUGUAAACGGGCACAGUCAAGCAUGAACAAUCUGGUUCGCCUCUUGUGGGGAGAAGAUAGCACGGACCUCCAACAGGCUAUACAAGAUGUGCCUCAUAUUGUUAUGUUCCUCACACUGAACCUGGACUCUGAAACAUCGAAGGAUGAGCAAGAAAUUCUUUAUCAGUACCCCAUAUCAGAAGCAUCCCAAAAACUGAAAAGUGUGAGGGGAAUAUUUCUCACACUCUCUGACAUACUGGAAAGUGUUACUGGUACCCAGAUUAUCAGUUCCUCCCUUUUCUUAUGUGAAAAACUGGUUCAAGUUGUUUAUUGGAAAGAAUCUGACAAGCUGCUUGUAAUCGGCCUUCCUGAAGAAAAUGUGCCACUUCCUCAGUUGAGGAACAUGAUAGAAGAUGUUGUUAGGACCUUGACAUUUAUGUACAGUUCCUUAGGCAGUGCUUUUUGCCAGGUGGAAAAUGUUUCUCGCCUGGAUCAUUUUUUCAACCUGUUCUUCCAGCGUGCGCUUCAGCCUGCAAGACUCAAGUCAAAUGCCAGCCCCAGUACUCAACACUAUGAUACCUGCAGCGCGUUAUUCUUAGACAAUCUCCCAGGCUUGCGCUGGCUGACGUUGCCUCAGGAAAUCAAGAUGGAAAUCGACACAGCACUGAGUGAUCUGGAAGCAGCUGACUUUGCAGAGCUGUCCGAAGAUUAUUACGACAUGAGAAGAUUAUAUAUGAUAAUGGGCUCUUGUCUCUUCUACAAGGGUUACUUGAUUGGUAAUCACUUGCCAAAAGAAGAUCUUAUUGAUAUAGGUUUAUAUUGUCGGCACUAUUGUCUGUUACCCUUGGCAGCAGAGCAGAAGAUUGGUCAGUUAGUGAUAUGGCGGGAAGUAUUUCCACAUCAUCAUAUCGAGCCACGUGACGUUUCAAGUUUUACAGGAUACAGGGAACCUGAAGCAAGACACUUUUUACUGAUAGUUGGCUUGAGACACUUUAUGCUGUGUGUCCUGCUAGAGGCAGGAGGCUGUGCAUCAAAAGCUAUUGGGAAUCCAGGACCAGACUGUAUCUAUGUAGAUCAGGUCAAAGCCACUAUACUUCAACUGGAAGGAAUAGAUGCCGGCAUAGAGGAAAGGCUAGAUUCUCCUUCCAUUCCACCUUUAUCUUGUGCUGACUGGUUCCUUCCUGCAACACGUGACAAACUGGAGAGCUUGACCACCUCACCCAUCCUAAGCAAGCUACAGAAUACUUCCAAAUCAGUAAUCACUCCAGCAAGCAAAAGGACCCUGUUUGGUGACUCUUCCUUAGUGACACGUAAGCCGAGCCCUACGAGAAGCAAUGGAGGGCCUGACCACAGUAAUGAAGGUCCUGCGGAAGAUGAAAGCAGUAAUCCACAGUCUGUAGUGGAUCAGGCCACUAGAAAAAAACAUACCCUACCAAAUCCAUUUCACUUAGGAAACCUCAAAAAGAACCUGUCAGAGAAAGAUACAGAACUUCUUAAUGCUAUCAAGUUGACAUCUGGUCCUGAGAAUACCCUCUUCCACUAUCUAUCUUUGGAAACGAUGCAAGGAAUCUUUAUCACUCCAACUCACAAAGAAGUAGCACGGCUCGGUGGCUCCAUCCACCCUCAGUUAAUUGAGAAUUUCUAUCGUUGCUGUCUUUCAAUUCGUUCCAUUUUCCAGGAGUCCAUGAGGAAAGAAAAAAAGAAAAAAGCAGGCAGUGGGAUUUCAGAAUUUAGUACGGCAGAUGAAGACCUAGAUCUGGUGAGAGAACAUGGAGUUUUGUUUGAGUGCUCUCCUGAUAACUGGACUGAUCAGAAGAAGCCACCACCAACAAUGAAUUACUGGGUUGUGGGGAGACUCAUUCUACAUCCAAAACCUCAGGAGUGUUAUGUCUGUUUUCAUGACUCAGUCACAGAAGCUGCUGUUGAACUGGCCUUUAAACUGUCCUUCGGCUUAGCUACGUAGAUGAGUUUCCUGAACAUUCAGCCAUCCUGCAGGGUGUUGUCAUCUCUUCAAAGUACUUCGAUACAAAAAGAAAUUAACUCAGUUGUGGUGCCCACCCAUGGUGUAUCUUUGAAUAUCUUUUGAAAUGCUUUUAAAAAAAAAAAAAAUAAAUCUGCCUUGUGGUAAUGACACAGUUAAAACUUCAGUGAUGCUUCUAAUAAUCUCAUUAAUUGAAUACUUAAAAAUAUUUCAGAGAACCAAAGUUCUUACCAUCAUAUACUGUCAAAUUAUUUAUCCUGAGCAUAACUUCUUUAUAUGAAAACAUCACAUAAUUUGUACAUUCCCUGCUGUUCAGUGUAUAAUAUGCAAUGUAAAAUAAGCUGAUACUCUCCAAGUAUUCUCUGAAUGUCUGGCAAUUGGUGAUGGAGGGGAAAAAAGUUUUCCGGUUGAUGAAAAUUUUGCGCCUCUAAGGGCAUGGAAAAUACUGAAUGUUUUCAGUAACAUUGCAUUAAUCAAAACAGAAGGAAAUCUUUUAGCCAAUUUGUGACAGCCACUCAAAACUAACGGCUUAUCAUUUUUGCCAGUAUGGCCUCCUGCACACUCAAGCACUGUAGUGUG